CGCUCUUAUAUGGGUGUGAAGCAUGGGUGAUGAAUGUUACAGCGAGGAGAAGGCUGGAGGCAGUGGAGAUGCCAUGUCUGAGGGCAAUGUGUGGUGUGAAUAUAAUGCAGAGAAUUCGUAGUUUGGAAGUUAGGAGGAGGUGCGGGAUUACCAAAACUGUUGUCCAGAGGGCUGAGGAAGGGUUGUUGAGGUGGUUCAGACAUGUAGAGAGAAUGGAGUGAAACAGAAUGACUUCAAGAGUGUAUCAGUCUGUAGUGGAAGGAAGGCGGGGUAGGGGUCGGCCUAGGAAAGGUUGGAGGGAGGGGGUAAAGGAGGUUUUGUGUGCGAGGGGCUUGGACUUCCAGUGGGCAUGUGUGAGCAUGUUUGAUAGGAGUGAAUGGAGACAAAUGGUUUUUAAUACUUGACGUGCUGUUGGAGUGUGAGCAGAGUAACAUUUAUGAAGGGAUCCAGGGAAACCGGCAGGCCGGACUUGAGUCCUGGAGAUGGGAAGUACAGUGCCUGCACUCUGAAGGAGGGGUGUUAAUGUUGCAGUUUAAACUGUAGUGUAAAGCACCCUUCUGGCAAGACAGUGAUGGAGUGAAUGAUGGUGAAAGUUUUUCUUUUUCAGGCCACCCUGCCUUGGUGGGAAUCGGCCAGUGUGUUAAUAAAAUAAAUAAAAAAAUAAAGUUGGUAAAUGUAAAUUGAAUGAAACAGUGACAUAAUAUAAAUUUAAUAAAACAGACCGAGAUAAUACAAAUUUAAUAAAACAUUGUUCGUAUUAUCGAAGGUUCGCAAUACAAAUGUUUGUAUGUAGGGGAGUUUCUGUACGUGCAGGUCAUGUAUUAAAGAAAGCUUAAUCUCUUCGUGUAGCUGGUGAUGCAGUCUCUCUACAAAGGUGGUUGCGAGAACCUGGAGGUGGAAGCUGGAGACGUUUUGGAGUUGAUGGCAGCGGCAAAUUUCUUCCAGCUAGAUUCUCUCCUCCGCUACUGUGAGUCCCGCUGCUCCAAGCUCGUUCACCUCGACAAUGUAGUCUCCAUGUAUAUCCAUGCCAAGGUGUACAAUGCAGUGCAGCUUCUGGAGUACUGUCAAGGCUUCCUGCUGCAGAACAUGGUUGCACUCCUGACGUAUGACGACUCUGUUCGCCGCCUCAUCUUUGGCAAAAAGCUCCACAAUCAUGACGUUCUAGCCGGUCUUCUGCUGACUUUGCAGGCACGUAUUAAGGCUCGCUCAUCUCCGCGUGCUGGAAAAAAAUGAACAUCAGAAAUGGCCGAGAUUUUCAAUUACCCGGUAAACUUCAACUUCAAGAAACCAAAGUUGUGUAUUAAAAAAAGCGACCACAUUUCCCAAUAAUUAAAAAUGAUAGUCCUUUGAGACGUAUGGCUGUAUUGAGGCUUCAGAACUCAUGUUUGAAAAACAUGUGAAAUUACUCAGUGCAAUUUGUCCUAUAUCUGAAAGAUCACAAACAUUGGCAAUAUUAAAAAUUUUAUAAUGAAAAUAUCCA